CCCGUCCCAUCGCCAGAUCUGACUUCGACAUGUGCGAUUAUACCCAAGUGCACUACAAAUGCUCCCAUCUCCGUUACACUGUCCGGGCCUGGUGCACAAAAUACCAACAAACGCAAAAGAGAUGCCCAGCCAAUGUCGUCGCAGUGUACGAAGUCUCACCCACGUUGAUUCCACCAAAGGGAAGACACUGACGAGAAGCACAGAGAAUACAGAAUCGAUGAAAACUGCGGUUGGUCUCCCCAACGAACCAUCAUUUGUACCACCAUCUCUGACCAUGAUUAAAGGCGAUUGCAAAGGCUCGGCGGCAAGCAAGGGACGGCGGUCUACGAGUGCACAUUU